GGUUUGAAUGGUUACCAUCGUCGGCAGUUUAUAGAAACAAAAACAACCCUUCUCUCUGAACUUCGAAGUCAAAUUGCGGAACAUGCAUCCUCCCUGCCUUGACGCCUGCAAGACCUUCACCAGCUCCCGCCAGCAAUUUUUAGGGUUAUACAAUCAUAAUCGCUGCUCCACAUCGACCUCCCGGACCUUCAACUCCGGCCGGAAUCUCUUGCCCUGUGUGUCUUGCAGCUUCAAUGUUCAAAACCGAAACCCUAAGCUUGUCCACUCAAAGCGCGGAGAGAGAAGCCGCGAGAGAGUGAAAGUGAAAGGCAAGGACAAUGUGUGGAGCGUGGACAACGACCUCGCGAAGGCGGAGAAGGAGAGGGAGGGGAGGAGGAAGAGGAGAAGAAAGAGAGUGAAGAAAGUGGGGAAGAGGAGGGUGGGCGGGAGUAUUUUGGUGUCUGGACCUAUGUUGAUGGAGGUGGAGACAGUUCUUCAAACUCAGGAACCUGUAAUUCGACCAGCAUGGAAUACAUUUACAAGUAGCAUUAGUGGGAUAUGGAAGGGAGUGGGGGCAGUAUUUUCACCCAUCACUGCCGAAAUGGAACCAGUUGAAAUUGGAAGCAAAAGUGAAAACCUGUAUGAUUGUCAUACCCUCUCACACAUUGAGGCAGUUCCGAGCCUUUCUGAAAGGCAAACAUCUCAAGUGAAGAGGAAAAUAAAUUGGGUCACUUUGAAUCCUUAUGGCGAAAACCGUGAGAUGAAGCAACAUAAUGGAAAUGGCAUUGGGAGUGAAAAAAAGUAUAAAGAAAGCAAUGCAUCUUUACCCUUGAAGGAAACAGAUGAUGGAAGUGUUUUGCCUAAAAUUGAGUCCUUUGACUUUGGAACAAGUGAUGUGAUGGAAGAAGAUUUAAUGGGCAACGAUCCUGGUCUCGUUUUCUUUGAGGAUGGAUCUUAUUCUAGUGGUCCUGUUGAUAUUCCUGUUGGUGAAGUUGAUGAAUCUAAUUAUUACCUUUCUCCAACUUUGAAGUUUGAACAAUGUUUGGUUAAAGGUUGCCACAAAAGACUGCGUAUUGUCCAUACUAUAGAGUUCAAUAAUGGGGGUUCAGAUAUACAGAUAAUGAGGGUUGCUGUUUAUGAGGAACAGUGGGUCAGUCCUGCAAAUAUCCAUGACCAAAGUGAUAUGGAUCUCGAUUUGAAGCCCUUUUCCCAGCGCAAACGAACCCUGCCAUCAGAACUGACUGGAUCCUGGAAGGUGUUUGAGGUGAGUGCUACUCCAAUCUAUGGUGAGCAGAUGGUAACAGAGGAAAAUGGUGGUGGGAUGCCGUAUGUGUACCUCUGCACUGAGACGUUAAAGAAACGAAGCUUACCUGAGAAUCCAGUCUACUUUGGAGAGGAAGAGAUGCUAGAUAUGCAGGAUGUGACCAUCCUUUGGCUGCCAGGCGGUGUCACGGGCUAUGUUGAUGUGGGGAAGGAUGGCAUUCUGUGCAUUGGAGUUGGGUGGUACUCAGAUGAAGGAAUCAACCUUGUUAUGGAGAGGGAUUAUGGAAUGGAUGGGAAGCUAAAGGAGGUCCGAUGGAAAACCGAACUAAAGAGAAGGUGGUCAGAUUCAUUCUCUGUAUAAAUGUCUUGGAGUGUUCAGUUUAUUUGUUGAUAAUCAUGACUCGUAUAUGUUUGAUAAAAGAAAACUAAGAAGAAAGGAAGGUUCAAGAUCUGCUAAAUGCUUCAAAGCUAAAUCUCAUGGCAUUGAUGCCGAUUUUAAGUUAA